AUGGAUAAGUUACGAGUAAUUCUGCUGGAAUAUGAAUUUGAUGACCAGCCUCCAAUGCAGAGGGUGUGGAUCAUAACUGCUCAGUGGGAUUUCACAGCCGUGAUUGCUUGGGAUGGUUUCCCAGCACAAUCCCUCAAUGGUACCUUGUCCUUUGACCUGCACACAAAAGUGGUGCCAGGAUUUGAGGAAUUCCUUGACAGCAUAGGUCCAGGGAAUGUUCCUUUCAUCCUCGAUUUCUGGCAAAAAUCAUUUAAGUGUUCUUUCCCAGAGUUUAAUCAACUUUCAACAAACCUUCCCCUCUGCACUGGGGAAGAGAAGCUGAGGAACCUCCCUGGGUCUAUGUUUGAAAUGAGAAUGUCUGGCCAUAGCUACAGCAUCUAUAAUGCGGCUUAUGCUGUAGCACAUGCUCUCCAUGCCCUGCAUUCAUCGCUUGUCAAAUGGAGAGCAACGAGCCAUGGAGACAGAUGGAAGUUUGGGGAUAUUCAGCCAUGGCAGCUGAACUCUUUUCUGAGAAAGGUUCGCUUUAAUAAUAGCGCUGGGGAUGAAAUCUUCUUUGAUGAAAAUGGAGAACUGGCCACUGGAUAUGAUCUCAUUAAUACCAUUGCAUUCGCCAAUGAAUCCUUUCAGAGAGUCCAAGUUGGAAACAUAGACCUGCAAGCUCCUGUAGGCCAGGAGUUCACCAUUAACAGAAGCGCCAUUGUGUGGAAUCCCAAGUUUAAACAGGUGGUGCCAUCUUCAACAUGUGUCAAGAGCUGCCGACCUGGAUCCAGCAAGAUUGCUCUGGAGGGGAAAGAAGUCUGUUGCUAUAGCUGUUCUCAGUGCCCUGAAGGGAGGAUUUCAUUGCAAAUCGAUGCUGAACAAUGCCAGAAGUGCCCAGAGGAUCAGUAUCCAAAUCAAAAGCAAGACCGGUGCAUUCUCAGAAGCAUCACUUUCUUGUCCUAUGGAGAGCUCUUGGGAGCAGCCUUGGCUUCCUUGGCCCUUUUAUCUUCCUUGACCACCAUAAUGGUGACAGGGCUCUUUGUUCUGCACUGGGACACUCCCAUCGUCAAGGCCAACAACAGGAGCAUCACCUGCACCCUCCUGGCCUCUCUUCUGCUCAGCUUCCUUUGCUCUUUCCUGUUCAUUGGCCAGCCUGGGAAGGUGACCUGUCUUCUGCGGCAAACUGUAUUUGGUAUCACCUUCUCCAUCUCAGUUUCAUGUGUGUUGGCCAAAACCAUCACUGUGGUUCUGGUCUUCAUGGCUGCCAAACCAGGAAACAGCAUCAUGAAAUGGGCAGGGAAGAGGCUGGCAACAUCUGUAAUUAUUCCCUGUUCUCUCAUUCAAAUGGGUAUCUGCGCCACCUGGAUAGUUACCUCUCCCCCCUUCCCAGAGCUGGACAUGCACUCCCAGGUCAGCCAGAUCACAGUGCAGUGCAAUGAAGGCUCAGAGGUCAUGUUCUACACUGUCCUGGCCUACAUGGGCUUUCUGGCCAUUCUCAGCUUCACUGUGGCUUUCUUUGCCCGAAAGUUGCCUGGCAGUUUCAAUGAAGCCAAGCUGAUCACCUUCAGCAUGUUUGUGUUCUGCAGUGUUUGGGUGUCCUUUAUCCCAACAUAUCUGAGCACCAAAGGGAAAUCCAUGGUGGCCGUGGAGGUCUUCUCCAUCUUGACUUCUAGUGCUGGGCUGUUGGGCUGCAUCUUCUUUCCCAAAUGCUACAUUAUUUUAGUGAAGCCUCAGCUGAACACCAAGGAGCAACUGGUUAGGAAAAGGAAUGGCCCUUCUUAA